CGGGCGAGAAAAGCGCGUGGGAAAGCGUAGGCGGGCAGGAGCGCCGGCGACGGACGAUCGGGUAGCGGUCGCGAGCGCUCGGGCUGGUCGAUCACGCGCUCUGAUUCCGCUCUGGUCCCGCGAGCAUUCCUGCGCGGUCCACACACUCAUUGCGCACUUUGACGGCAACCACGCACGAUCUCGUGGCGAGCACGCCCUUGCACUGCACAUCAGACAUACCAGGCUCUCCAAGUCGACUCGGUGCCUACGCAAGCCCCGCUCACAUCUAGUUCGACCUGAAGACGGAAGGUUGGACAGGGAUGCUGGCGCAUAUACCCUUCCCCGCGCUCCCGGCGCCGCCGACAUGGUUCCCGGGGCACAUGCACGCCUUCCAGCGGAGCCUGCCCAGCUUGCUCGCGCGCACCGACGUCGUCCUCGAGCUGCGCGAUGCGCGUCUCCCGCUCACGAGCAUCAACCGGAACUUUGAAGGAGCUCUGCAAAAAUGGAGUCUACGGCGUGGCCACACACCAACCCCCCCUGCCUUUGAUCUCUCCAUCGCGAAUGCAGCCAGCACCAACACCGCAGGCACAUCGUCCUCCGCGACCACAUUUGGCCCGAACGGCACAAGUGGCGGGAGGAUCUGCGAACGCGUCGUUGUGUUCAACAAGCGUGAUCUAGUCCCCGAGUGGGGCAUCGAGCCCUUCCGCCGGGCGAUGGCAGCCAAGUAUCCUGACCAGCGGGUCUUCUUUGCGUCAUGGCACCGCUCGCCGGAUAUCAGGGCGCUCAGCGAGCUGUUGGUCGACAUUGCAAAGGCCAACCCAGUCGUGCCGGAGCUGAAUGUUCUCGUGGUGGGUAUGCCCAACGUCGGCAAGUCGACACUGCUCAACGCGUUGAGAAAAGCUGGGAUUGCAGGGCCCACUGCAAAGGCUCUGCGCACGUCGUCCCAGCCGGGAAUGACACGCGUGCUCUCUAACCGCCUCAAGCUUUCCCAAGACCCGCUUGUAUAUUCGUACGACUCCCCAGGCGUGAUGCUGCCCUUCCUCGGGAACGGCCAGCCCGGAGCGGAACGCGGUGUCAAGCUGGCGUUGAUCGCGGGUAUCAAGGAGGGCCUGUACGACCCCGAGACGCUCGCGGCCUACCUGCUCUACCGGUUGAAUAUCCUCGACCCUGUGUCGCCAGCGUACCUACGGAUCCUUCCGCCAUCCAGCCAGCCGCAGGCUGACGUGCACUCAUUUUUGGGCUUGCUGGCCGCACGAUUGUGCAUGCUGAAGAAGGGCGGCGUGCCGGACGAGACGCGCGCGGCUCUCUGGUUUAUAAAGUGGUGGAGAGAGGAGGGUGGGCUGCUUGCUGCUUCCGCGCCGGCUUUGCCUGCGUAUGCCGCUGACCGCAGCCUACAAACAAACCUGUCCACCGACGGAACCCAUGACGACGCACUGGCUCUGCCUUCCGGUCCGUCACAACUACGGACCUACCGCCGCGGCUGGGGCUUCGACUUUGAGUGGGACGUCGAUGUUGCGGAGGCAGUCGCGAACAGAUACGAUGCGGCUGCGAUCCAGCGAAAAAUGGAGGAGUGCAUUGAGAAUUUCGAGGAGGCGGCUUUGGAGGAGGAGCGGGCGGGCGGUGGAUUGAGCCGUGCACAGGGGAAAAAGCGGGAGAAGGAUGAAUCGAAGGCGAAGCGGGUGGCGAAGAUGAAGGCGAAGCUCGCGAACAGAGCGAGGUGACGCAGUGUGUCGGGUUUGUGGGAGGGAUUCAUGAGACGAUCUGUGAAGGAGAAAAAAGGGGUGUAUGACUGGAUGUCUGCAGCAUACUGCAGGGGAUGGCAACGGAAGUUCGAUGCGCAGGCCACAAUAACGCACGCGCUACUGGUCGAGGUUUAAUUUCGUCGCGCAGGCCACAAUAUCAACGCAUGCGCUACUGGUCGAGGAUUAACUCCUGCGCCUGGCCUCCACAGGACUCCUGCUCGAGGCGUUGUUUUCGUCGCACGG